AUGGAAGAAGAUCCUCCCCAUAAGCCACGAGUCUGCCAGUCGAUCCACUUCCCCCGUAACGACGAGUUCGUCCAGCGAGCCCUUGUUUCCGAACAUAUCGCACAACUGCUUCCGCCCAAGACCGAGUGCCAAAGCGCGGCGAUAUGGGGGCUCGGAGGAUCAGGAAAGACGCAGAUCGCGCUCGACUACGCGUAUAGCCGGUGUAGCGACCCCACCUGCUCUGUGUUCUGGGUCCACGCCGAUACUAAGACGUCCUUUGCGCAAGACUAUAAAGACAUUGCGGUCAAGCUUGGGUUACCUGAUAACCUCGACGGUGAUACGCUUCUCACAGCUGUGCGAAAUCAUAUCCAGACUCUGCCACAAUGGGUACUCAUCUUAGAUAACGCGGACGAUUUGACCCUAUUCGGCGUGGGACGCUCACAAGAUGCGACGAAACAAGGUGCUCCCGAUUUGUCCGUUUAUGUUCCUCGUGGUCCAGUUGGCACAGUAUUGUGGACGAGCCGGGAUAAGCAGAUUGUCGGCAGUCUCGUAGGACCUCGACGUGGCAUCAACGCAGUUCAGAUGACAAGUAUUGAGGCCGAGACCCUAUUCCGAGCGGUUGCGGUCGUCGAUAUCAGUGAAGUAGAUGCAGCGCACGAUGAUAUGACACAGCUACUUACCGAGCUGGAUUGUCUUCCACUCGCUAUCACGCAGGUUGCUGCGUAUAUUCGUCGGACAAGGAUAUCAAUAGGCGAGUACCUUGAAAAAAUCCGGCAGAGGAAGAAGCGGUGGAAGGCACUCAAAACUUCAGCACACGAUCCUCAUCGCCGGCCGGAAGCGUCGAAUAGCGUAAUGGAGACGUGGAACAUCUCGAUGGACUAUAUCCAGCAACAGAACAAAAUGGCGUAUGACAUCCUAAGCGUGCUCGCAUAUGUGGAUAACCAGAAUAUCCCGUUUGCGAUGAUCAAAAGGAUAGCGCAAGCACCUAUGUACGAGGACAGAAAGGUCAAUGGCACCGAAAUGAGCCAUCAGAGAGACGAUGUUACUUCUGCUGGUAAUUCCCCGAGCAGUGAUACUGAUAGCGGAGACGACGAGGAUGAAGACGUGGUGGAGGCGGUCAUUCGACUCGAAGAGUUCUCAUUUUUGACGCCCCGAGUCGAGGGGAAAGCGUUAGCAACUCAUGCUUUCCGUGUCUAUGAUAUGCACAAGCUUGUGCAAGAGGCCAUCUCGUUCAAUCUGCAUGUGCGGGAUGUUAGCACAGAGACACAAUUGACAAGGAUUGCAUUCGAGGUAAUAGACGACUUGUUUCCCCGAAAGGGGCACCGCGAUACUUGGGGUAAAUGUGAGCAAUACCUCGGGCACACACAACGGACCGUGGAGUGGGCACAAGCUCAUAGGAGAGAGAAGAGUGUUGCGUCGCUGCUAAUAAGAGUAUCGCACUACUUGCACGACAUGGGUUUUUGGAGAUAG